AUGUUUAACGGCGUUUCUGGUAACAACGAGCUAUUGUUUAAUGUUCUAAGUAUUGUGCAGACAUCUGGGGAGCCCAUUGUUUGCCCCACGCUUUCACUGCUUGGUGACCUAGAGACAUUUGUCAAUGAGGUAAGGCGCCGCGCCCUACGCAUUGCGGCAUUUCCAAGCGGAGGAAUCACUAUUUUCCCAAUUAUUCCAGUGGAAGAGCUCGAUUUAAUCCAAAUAUGUGAGGAUUACUGUCGUUUGGAAACCGAUGUAGAUCGCGCCAAUAUGCGAUAUAACCUUUACCUCCGAGAGUAUCCUUUGUUUGAUUCUCAAUCCUAUAGUCGUGAUGCGCUUUAUCAUCCAGCGGAUUGCGUAGUAAGACUCGCAGAGCUUUGCCUUAAAGUCGUUCGGAUGCCACAAACUAACUUUAUGAAGUUAGUAGCAUAUACACCUUAUCUACAUAUCGAUCAAAUUAAAUUGCUAUGUAAGACUAUUUAUUUUCGUUUACACCCAAAUAUUGUACAAGAAACGAAUCCCGCCAGCGAGCAACUGGGGCACAGAGUUCAUUACCCCAACACAGGGCUUUCGAUUAAUGAAUCGACUGAAGGUAAGGCCGGUUGGCAGCCAUUUAGCUCGGUCAAAUUGGAUGAGCUUUUUCAACGAGGUGCAAUUGAAUCAACAAAAGAAAACGAGGAAGUGGGGGAAGACUUGACGGGUCAGGAGCAGGUGGACGAUGCGGGUGAAGAAGCUGAAUACUUGAGCGAAAGUGAUUAUGAACUUGUUACUUACAGCUCCACGUUUUACAACGGUGAGGAUGAAAAGAAACGCUUAGCUGCAGUUUACAUACCAGGUGGCAUUAGCCCGAGUAUUUGCCAAACCGCUUCUCGCACGCUCGAGUCCGCUGCUACUCGGAAUAAUUUGAGAGCUGCCACCAAUGGUGGAACACCUCCGGAAACUGGUAUUGUUGGAUACUAUGACUAUCUAACCAAUCCAACCCAACACAAAUGCAGAGAGACUCAGUUCAUGCGUAAAAAUUGGAGUCAGGUGAUGACCGGUUGUAAAGGCCUAAUACAAUCACUUGACAACUUGUAUCGCUCCCGUGCCCCAGUGCACUACAGUCUCCAGCGCAUUGCAAUUCCUCCGCAUUUUGAGCUAUUUGGUAGCGUUUUUAGCACUAUGACGGUUAAUCGUAACUUCAGGACUGCUGUGCACACAGACAGUGGUGAUUUUCGCUGUGGGCUCGGUGCCCUCUGCGUCAUAGACGGGGAAUUUGAUGGUUGCCAUCUAGCAAUUAAACCACUCAAAAAGGCAUUUCGCUUAAAGACAGGAGAUGUCUUGUUCUUCGACACGAGUCUCGAGCACGGCAACACAGAGGUGCUAAAUCCAGAAUGUGCCUGGAGGCGAAUUAGUGUCGUCUGCUACCUUCGCAACGGCUUAAUGUCGUCUGUGUGUGAACUAGAGCGACGUAAGCAUCUCAAUCGACUCAUCGUAGACAAGCUAGCAAACGCCCAAGCGCUAGAAUCGAUUGUUAAUAUAAAUGGAGUCGAUGAAACUCUACCGCCGCUGUAUGUACCUGCGGGGCUCGUCAACAGGCUUGCACCAGUCCAACUCUCCGCGCUGAACUUCGCCGCAGAGCGGGGAGGCAGAAAUAGCGGUUGCGUACUUGCUAUGACGAUGGGAAUUGGUAAGACCUUAGUUGCACUCACGCUUUGUUUUUCUUAUUUCUUCCGCUAUCCCAACCGUGACAUUCUUGUUCUUGCCCCAAAACCAAUUAUCAGCCAUUGGGUACAGGAGCAAAAGAAGUGGGAAAGCUAUGGCCUUCAAUUCAACAGGCUUGUUGCCUCAGAUCGUGCUGACGCAAAGGAGUUUGAUGAAAAAUUGAACCUUUUUGAUAGACAGCUAAGUGGAGACCAACGUAAGGAAGGCCAUUUGUUCAUUCUCAACCCAGAGUAUUUGAUGUCCACUUUUUCGAAGCGAUUCAAACGAUUUGAUCCGCAGAUUAUUAUUGUCGACGAAGGUCACAGAGUGGCCACUAAGGGAAACAAGCUUAUAGAAUCACUUUCAAAGUACAAGUGUCCUUUGCGUGUCGUGCUUUCAGGGACGCCAUUGCAAAACAAUACCAAAGAGCUAUAUCGGCUGGUCAGCUGGGUGAAUCGAGAGAUUUGUAAAGUGAUUCCAGAACGCCUGUUUGAUGAUUUUGCAAAUGAUAUCAGCAGAUACGUGGCUGGUGAUGAUAAUCUAUUUAAAAAAGCCCUGAUAGCUCAGCAGUUCAUUCAGGAUUGGAUGAAGGGCUUCAUAUUUCGUGAGAUGAAAGUUGACCUUCCCCCAUUACACGACUACAUACUGAUUUGCAAUAGUUCGGAAGCUCAGCGAUGCCUAGAAAAGGAGAUCGGUGUCAGGAGAGACGCAGGCAUAAUGAAAGCAACUGACCAUCGCCCCUCCCACCUAUCUGCGCAUCCUCUUUGCUAUUUAGCAUAUAUUAUUGGAGGAUAUCAAUCUUUGUCUAAGUUAAGUACCAGACAUGAAAGAGGUGAAAGUUCGAUCCGCGGUUCUAAGGAUAAAUUCCUUGAGGUGGAACGUUACCACAACAUUGUUCAAAAUGGAGAAAUAGAUCUCUUUACUGCCUCGAGCGGUAAACUAACUGCUCUCAUCAAAAUCGUCCAGCAGGUUCAAACAAAAGGGGAAAAGGUAAUCAUAUUUUCUCAAUAUAUUGGAGCCCAAGAUAUCAUUCACAGAACACUCACAGCCUAUAAAAUAUCCACUUUCACGGUUCGUGGUCGGGACUCGCAGGGCCGGCGUCAGUACGCCAUUGAGUUAUUUUCGCAGAGCGACGAGAUGGUCGCCCUAGUGCUAUCUACAAAGGUUGCUGCUUUUGGACUAGACUUCACUGCAGCCAACCACGUCAUCUUGUUUGACACAUGGUGGAAUCCACAAGUCGAUGCUCAGGCGGUGGCAAGGGCCUACCGACGAAAUCAACAAAAGCCUGUCACUGUUUACCGGUUGGCUUCUUGGCUAGAAGGAGGAUCGAUUCUGAAAAUGCAAACACGGAAGAUGGCACUAUUUAACUGUAUUAUGCAUGAGAAGACUAGCCGUAGCGCCCACUCAAACGAAAUUCACGAUUGUUCGGACAGUGAGCCGAAUCCCGAUAAAAAGAUGUUAUGGCAAAGUCUCAAGGAAUCGUUGCUAGAAGGUGGUUAUCCUGUUCUCCAGGCUGUCUACCUUUACCGAGAUACUGUAAAAGAUACUGAUUUAUCGAGAGAUGAGUUAGAUGAUUUUAAUGACGAAACUACAACUACAUUUUGA